ACCUUUAUCCACCAAAAACCCGCAAACCAAAACCACAAUGCAGAUCGCCCACCUCCUAGCCCUCAGCGGCCUCAUGCUCGCAACCACCGUCACCGCCGGCGGGGAUCUCGAUCGCAACGACGUCCCCAACACCUGCUGGGAGCCGUGCGGCCCCGUCGUCAACAUCUCGCACGCCUGCGACGCCCAGACCGACAACGACCGCGCCGAACUCCAAUGCGUCUGCGGGUGGGAUCGCGCCGCCACGCUCAUCCCGCUGUGCGAGGCCUGUAUCGGGUAUUAUCGGACCCAGCAGCAUCACGAUCACGAUCACGAUGAUGACCAUGACCAUGACAAUGACAACGAUGAUGAUGAUGAUGAUGAUGAUGAUGAUGAUGAUGAUGAUGAUGAUGACGACAAUGACCGACACGAUAACAACGCAUACGAUAUCCUGACCUCAUGCUCCUUUUCAACCACCACCUGGAACCCGGCGGCUGCGACCUCGGUGCUGAGCGCGGUACAUGCGUCGACGACGGGGAAUGGGAAUGCGACUGCUAGCACUAGUGCUAGUGCUACUGGGGCGGGGGCUGCGGGUACGACUACUGCUGCUGCUGGAACCGGGGGAGGUCGGGAUAGUGUUAGUACCACUGAUGGUAGUAGUGGUGCGACUGGUCGGGCUGAUUCGGGUACGGCGACGGGCGCUGUCUCUGCGGAGGGGACUCGAGUUACUGAUAAUGCGGCGCCGGGGCUGGUGGCGGGUCGUGAGGCUGCGUCUUUUGCGGCUGUUGUUGGGGUGGGUGUUCUUGCUUUGUUGUGAGGGUGAGUGGUGGAGAUUGGGGGGAGUGAGGCCUUUGGAGCUGAGGGGUGGGAGGCAGAGUGGGGUGAGUGAAGAGGAUCGCUUUGGUUAGAUCUAUGAAUGAUGGACUAUGAAAGCAUGAGUGAUGAUUCUGGUAGAUAGGAUAUAAUAUCAUGUUGUUGGGUGGAUGUCGUUUGGGUUCGGCUCGAACUGUUGAUGGGGUUUGGUUGCAGUUGUCAAGUUGUGAGAAUGCUGCUGUCAUUUAGUCUUUGUUUCGAUGACUACGAAUAAGAUACUCUUGAG